GCUAAGGUGUUGUGGUUGGGCCUUUUUCGAUGGGAAAGGGGUCUCAUUAUGUGUUACGGAAAUGGAUUUGCAGCGUCCUUCCGACUUUGCCUCGAUGUAUGGAGGGGCGGAGGGGGCAUGCGAUCGCAUGUAUUUGCAUGGCUUUUUAAGUUUUUACUGUGCGCGGGAUGGGGCAGGGAAAUGUGUUUGUGCAUGUAAAUAAAUCCUUUUCUCUGGGGCGAGUAUGCCGUCGUGCUCUUAAGGGUACCAGAGGGGUGAUGUUCGUUGCGGCGUUACUUGGCAGUCGGGUGAUCGUAGGGGUGGUCGGUGGUCGUCCGGGUCAACGCGCACGGGCACGGAUCGCUCACUUGUACGAGAAUGGCUCGGGGAAAGGAUGAUUUAUUUCUGUAUCUGCCUGCAUUGCAAGCUCUAUCUUUGUUGUCCUGUAUUGAUGAAUGUAUACUGAACUAGUAGAAGGGAUGGCUGUUGUGUAGAGGUUUCACCGGAGGAGGCGAGUGUUUCUCUUCACAGCUGCCAAGAGGAAGGAGUGAGGGAAGAGCUGCAGCAGUUUUGCCUGCGUCGCAGUGGUUAGCAACAAGAUUCGACCGUAGAUAGUAGUCGUUUCUUUGUUUGCGUAUAUUUGUAAAAGAGUAGAUGGAGUUUCCUACUAAAAGAGCGGGAGGAAGUUUUUGGUUGGAGAUGUGAUCGUAAGGGGAUUGAGAAGGGACAUGUGCGUUUAGUCUCUUUCAACACGGCAUUCAUAAGAGUGGUUUCAAACGACUCAUCGAAUAGGUACAACGAGGUUUUGAACGUCUUCUGCAGUCGGCAAAGGGCAGGGCAAGUUGUGAACGUUCAGAAUCGUUUGUGGUUUAGUGUUGACGAAGUGCUUUUGCUGUAAUCUGUCCAUUUGAUGUGGGAGCAACUGGCAUGAGAGCAAAUAUGUGAAAAAUCAAUUGAAGCGAAGCGAAGGCCUCUGCCGAGGGCGUUCUGGAUGUUGGGGAUUAUAUCCAAUUAUGUAUGUGUGACGAUGCCAUUUUAGGCGGAAAGUCGGCGACGACGUGCGAUUCUCGAGGGAGGGGAAUGGGAUGUGACAUUGUUGAGGGAGGGGAAAGAAUGGCCGAUUAUGAACGUGAGAUAAUUGCAUGCAAUUAGUAAUUAGUUAAUAGGCGUUACCGAAAUAAGGGGGGACAUAUUGUGAGAGCUAAAGUGCGUUAGCUGCGCUCUGCCAGUUGAUUAUUUGUGGCCAAGCGUACCCCUUUCCUCUGAGCACUCUCCUCCAAACAAGUCGACCUUUUGAUAGAGGCUUAGCGGUGUUGUUGGUGGGAUUGGGUCGUGUUCUUGCGGUAAACUAGGGGUACGGUUGAGUGAAGGGAAUUGCAAUUCGGGUCCGGCUGUCUCCUUUAUUAAUUGUGCGAGGGCUCUUCGCCUGAAUUAUUUGAUAGGUCAUAAAUGAUUGCUAGAUCCGGACUUCUUAUGAGCUGGAAAACGCCUUGCAUCAUGACCAUGACAAGGGACUCCAGCCGGAGCCACAAAGCUGUCAAGGAUGCGCCAGUGCCUACAACUAUCACGCAAGUUCGCGCCUUUCUGAGCCUGGCCUUGUACCACCGAAGAGUUAUCAAGGGCUUCACGGCGAUUGCGGGACCCCUCACGAAUCUGUUGCGCAAAGAUCAGUCGUUGAUUUGGACGCCGGAGUGCGAUCAAGCGUUUUUCAAACUCAAGGCCGUUCUCAUUUCGGCUCCGGUCCUUAUAAGACCGGAUCACGAAAAGCCUUUUGUUCUCAUCACUGAUUGGCAGCCAGAGGCGAUUUCGGCGAUCCUUGCCCAGGUGGGACCAAGCGGACUCGAGAGUGUGGUGGAGUAUGCCUCCAAAUGCGUGCCAGCUUGCAAGCGCAACUACGCUGCUCCGACGGGGGAAUGCUAUGCGGCUCUCUGGGGAAUCAGCCACCUGUACAGGCGAAAGUUUACCUUGGUAACUGAUCAUGAGCCCCUGUUGGCUCUGAAGAAAUCGAAGGAUUACUCUGGCAUGAUCAGGCGAUGGGCAACGGUGCUGCAGAGCAUGGACUUUGACAUUCGUCAUCGGAAGCACGAGAGACAUGGGAAUGCGGACGGACUGACACGACUGCACUGACUUGAAAAGGUUCCGAAGAGUGAGGAGGGUUCUUAAUACUUGUAUUUCGUGAGCAAGAGUCAUAAUCUGAAACUCGUAACUUCGUAAGUUAUAAUUUUCUCAACAAAGAUUUAUCAGUUCU